CCCCCUGUGAGCAUUGUCCAGAGGAAAGCUCGCGGUUAAGCUCUGUAGCAGCAAGCAGCAGCAACCCAGCCGAGUAUCUGUAGUUCUGAUAUCGCCAAAAUGACCCGUCUUUCGUGCCGACGCGCGAUCGAGCUGAAAGCGACACUGCAGGAGACCCGGGCGGAGGUGUGCACGCCCGCCGAUGCGGAUUAUGCGGAGCGCAUUCGCUGUCUUCAGCUGGGUGAGGUUGAGUCGGGCGCCAUCGUGCAAGCCACGACCACCGACGAGGUUUCGCGUGUGCUCAGCUACGCGGCUCACCACCACAUUCCGAUUAUCGUCCACGGUGGAGUUUUCGCGACGAGCAACCCACCGAGAGGAGAGGCCGGCAUCGUCAUCAGUGUGGCGCGCAUGAGCAAAGUCGUGGUUGAUCCCGCCUCGCGCACACUGGCCGCCCAGGGAGGAGCGAGAUGGGAGAACCUCGUCGGCGUUGCGGGUGCGUUUGGCCUCACGAUCGUUCCGGCCACCGGGGAUGAUACUACAGGUGAUGGAGGGAUGGAAGGAAGUGGCUGGUUGACGAGUUGCCCUGGCCCGAUUAUCAACAAUCUAGUGAGUGUCAAGAUAGUCCUGGCGGAUGGGAGUAUUGUCACAACGUCGAGCACGGAGAAGCCUGAUCUCUUUUGGGCGCUGCACCUGGCCGGAGGGGCGCUUGGUCUUGCCACUGAAUUGGUGUUUAGGGUAUAUCCCAAGUCGAGGCAGCAAGGGGUUACGAAAAGCCAUCAGGAUGGUGGGCCGACGUUCGGACUGGAAGACUCUGGCGAGGACGAUCUACCACGCUUGCAGAGAUUGAAAAAGCAAUAUGAUCCCUAUGGGCUGUUUGGUAGUUUGGACAGUGCCUCCUUAGACACGCGGAAAUAGUUCCUCGGUCGGGUUUGGUGAUGCUUGGUGUCGAUAUGCCGACAUUUAGCCAUGUAUACGUACAAAGUCAAUACAAG